GAAAAGGACAGGCGUGUGAGAACAAAGUAGGUCCACAUAUGGAUACACUUUCCCUUUGAUGGCGUCAUGUGAUCGUGAUUUAAGAUCAGACCAAUCUAUCUGUACGUGUCAUAGCUGCUGCAAAACUUCAAUCCCAUGUCUGAAAAAACUCCUUUUAUGACAACUAAACUGAAGAUCAAAUAAACCAAUUAUUUAUAGAAAUCGAUUCUUAUCCAGAAGUAGAAUACACAUGGAUGGAUGUAGAUCAUAUAACACAUAACAAUGGUGAGAAGUGUGAGGAAACUAAUGUAUGAUUCUCUACCAGCUAAUUAUUUGAUUCCAUAUAUAAGAGGAUAAGUUCGAAUGACACUUGUGAUCACUUCUACUUUCCAUUUUUUUUUAAAACUCAAACAUACCCUUAACUGAAAUAGUACCUAAUAUUAGCGUUUGUUUAUCCUGUUUACACAGAGCCGGCUGAGUUAGAAAGCGGUGUAUGGGAUUGUCAUAAGACAUAUGAUAUUAGAGAUCUAAUUUUUAAAUAAAAAAUAUUUUAAAUAUAUUAAAAGUGAAAUAUGUAUAUUUUAAUUAAGUCAAUUUUUCUGUAUAACGUAAAAAUAAUUUCGUUAUUUAAAAUAUCAUAUAUAAAAUAAUUUUAACCUACUAAUCUUAUUUUUAUUUUGAAAAUAUACUUUUGUUAUUAAAAACCUAAAAACAAAUUUGCCCAAAUGCCUCAAACAAAAUCUUUGAGCCGGGCCUGCCGGGAUUACUAUAAAUCCAAGAUGCUCUCUUGGAGAUAGCAAGCAUCAUGCAUGAAAUAUAAGAAAAGAAAUGGCUCUCUUCACAAUUACACCUGCACGUUGGUUAGCUUGUCUUUAUACUCUUAACUCGACAGGCAUAAAAGAUGCCCGAAACCAUGCACCGUCUUGCUAUUAUCUAACUGUUCAAAUCAACAUACACAUUCCAAAAACAAAAAAAUUAAUAAAAAAAUGUUUUAAAUUGUAACCAUUGGUCAGGUAUUCAGUUGAGCCAAACACGAAUGUAAUUAUUUUAUUUGAAGAAAAGCCAUUUUUCUUUCUGACCCCUCCAAAGUCCAAACGAUCUUACUGUUCUAGAGAAACCCUUGAGCCUAUCGAACCUUUUCACGCACAACCUACUUGUUCAAGUUUUAUAUUCAUCGUUAUUAUUUAUUAGUUAUUUGCUCAAUUUUUUUAAAAAAAUUGCACUUACGCUUAAACUCAUAAUUUUGGAAGCAAAAUUAGAUCAUUGUCAACUACAACAUGGUGGUGUAGUGGUAGGCGGCUCCAGGAUGCUAAGAGCAUGUUUAAUGGAGGAGGGUUUUUAGGGUGGAGUUCUUAGCGGAAUAUAUGAAUCCAUCUCUUAACUUUUAAUUAAAAAACUAAAAACCUGUUCUUAAAUUAAUAAUAACCCACCCAUUAAACAUGCUCUAAAUAAUCCCAAAGACAUUCUACUGCAUGUUACAUUGUGGCCACACGGAUAUUAAACCGUGCUUUAGGAAUUAUUUGAAUACAUAUAAUGAGAAUCAAUCUGUGGGAUGCACCACCUUUAUGGGAAUUAAUUUGCACCUCUCUAUGGAUAUGAAGUAUGAAAUAUCCAAAAGUUUUUAAAAAGGAAAUAGGUCAUUGUCCAGGUGUAAAAUUCUAGAUCUCAUUCUUAAUUGCAUAUAAGAUCGAGCGAGAGACUACCACUUCUUUUACUCCCAUUGCAAAGUCAAAGCAUUAUUAGUUUAUUAGACGAAUUAUUAUUAGUAGCAACUUCCCUAUAUAUACAACAUAAAGCCAUAUGCUCCGACAUAUGUUAAUCUUUAUCGAAAUUAUCUUACAUUUAUUGUUAUCUAUAGAAGUUAUGAUGGGAGCAAUGUCUCAAUCGCUUUUCAAUCUCAAAAGUUUCUCUUGCUCUCUCAAUAACAUAAUUGUAAUGAGAGGAUACAUUUUGAUCAAAAAGGCUACUCAAAGGGCAUAUGCAAUAGGAAACAGCAGAGAAAAGCCAUCAUGGACAGCAGACUGUGAAACCGGAUACUACAGACCUGAAACCAUAACAAAACAGUUAGAUUCAUACGUUGUGACAACCUCUAAUGCUGAAGUUAAAAUGAGGAGAGGUGAAAAGUUAUGGUGGAUGCCUGAUCCACAAACCGGGUUCUAUCGCCCUGAUACUUUUGCGAGAGAGCUCGAUGCCGUUGAGCUACGGUCAAUGCAUUCCAACCACCGAGAGUAA